GCAAACAUGGUGUGUACGAUUUUGGACGUCGAUGGAAAGGAGCCGAGGCGUCGAGUUCUACACGCGAGCGUCGACCAGAACGGAUACGAGCAGCGGGAUGACCGGCAUGGAGGUUGUCCAAUUUGUGGAGGUCAACAUGCUACGACGAGCUGCAGCGAAUUUAUUGGAGCUUCGCCACCGGGCAGAUGGAGCAUGGUGAAGAGGCAUCGGCUCUGCUUCACAUGCUUACGGAGUGGGCAUGCGGCCAGAUCCUGCGAUGUGCAUGGCGAGUGCCAGAUCAACGGAUGCCGCAGAUUGCAUCACCGUCUGCUACAUGAAGAGGACGAAGGGCGAAGACGGCCGGAGCAGCGAGGUGGUUUCAGGCGCCACAACGGAGGGAACCAGAUGUCACCAGUUUCCAGACGCAGCCCGGACAGGAGGUCUUCGCCACGAGGUGGUUACAGGGACCACGAGAGGACCCAGGAGUCGGCUGUCCGCAGAAACAGCCUGGAAAGAAGGGCCCCGCAGCCAGCGGAGGCGCCCAUGCAGAGAAACUUAAGUAUUGACGUCGAAGGAGGCAGACUUUUGUUCCGUAUACUGCCAGUAACGCUGUACGGAGCUGGUCGCCAGGUGGACACAUACGCGCUAUUAGAUGAAGGAUCCUCCGUCACGAUGAUCGACGACGAGCUACGGAGGGAUCUGGGAGUGCAAGGCGAACGUCGACAACUGAACAUCCAAUGGUUUGGAGGAAGAGCCAGCAGGGAGCCUACCAACGUGGUGAGUCUGGAGAUCAGUGGAGCUGGAAGCCCACUCGUCACCCGUUGAGGAACGUGUACGCCGUUUCGAGCCUGAGUCUGCCGAUGCAGACGUUAUGUCGACGAGAUGUCCAGGGCGUUCAUAAGGAUUCGCGACUGCCGAUGAAGCCCU